CAAAUGGAAAUUAUGAAAAAAGAGACCAUUUCGGGUUUGGAGCGGGAAGAAGGCUUUGCACUGGAAUUCAUAUGGCAUGCCGAGAGAGAACUUUUAUUAGGAAUAUCCCGUCUUCUUUGGUGUUUUAGAAUAGAAAAUGCAUCACCAUUAGAUAAUGAUG